AUGUCUCCACGAGAUUCCAUCGAAGAGGACAAACGCCAGGCGUCUGUCCUCGAGAUUGACAGAGUGGACGAGGAGUCCCGGCCUGGAGUGCAAUAUGAUAGAUUCGGAUCUGCCGCAAAGGUUGAUCCGGUGGAGAUUGCCCUGGUGAAGAAGAUCGACCUCUACAUGAUGCCAACUUUGUGGUUGAUGUACUUUCUGAACUUUCUGGACCGUAACGCCAUGGUCAACGGAAAACUUGACGAUCUCGACACCGAUCUUGGUAUGACCGGCAAUCAGUACAACACCUGCGUUAGUAUUCUGUUUGUUGGCUACCUCUUGGGACAGGUCCCCUCCAAUAUGUUGUUGAAUCGCCUCAGACCAUCCUUGUACAUGGCAGGUUUCAUGACGACCUGGGCCGUCGUCUCCACUCUGACCUGUCUCGUCACCAAUUUCAAGCAAAUGCUGGUCUGUCGGUUCCUCUUGGGCAUUGUGGAAGCCCCCUUCUACCCCGGUGCUCUCUUCAUGAUCAGUUUGUUUUACAACCGCAAGGAGGCAGCCACCCGAAUGGCCUGGUUAUAUACCGGCAACAUGUUGGCCAGCUCCUUCUCCGGACUCAUUGCCAGCGGUGUGUUUGCAGGGCUCGACGGCAAGCACGGGCUUGCUGGCUGGCAAUGGCUGUUCCUGAUUCAAGGGGUCGUCACGUUUGCCGUUGCCAUUGGCGCAUUCUUUUGCCUCCCAGACUCUCCACUUCAGACUCGUUGGUUGACCCCGGCCGAACGUCAGCUCGCCCACGAUCGGAUCGCUCGAGACACCACGCACAAGCGCGGCGCAACGAGCACUUGGACUGGUCUUCGGGAAGCCUGUACUGACUAUCGGCUCUGGAUCUUUGCCUUGAUGUGCAAUCUCCAUUUGUCUGCCAACGGCUUCAAGAACUUUAUGCCCACCGUCGUCAAGACUCUCGGCUUCAAUCGAACCAUCACCCUGGUCCUCACCUGCCCUCCCUACCUUGUUGCCACGUUUGCCUCGGUAGCCGUCUCCUGGUCCUCGGGACAUUUCAACGAGCGGACAUGGCACAUCACCAUCAGCAAGGCCCUGGCCAUCAUAGGAUUUGCCGUUGCUUGUGGAACUCUGAACAUCGGUGCCCGAUAUUUUGCCAUGGUCCUCUUUGUGGGAGCAACUUACGGCGUGAACAACAUCAACAUUGCAUGGGUUGCCGCAACCCUAGGCCAAACCGACGAAAAGAAGGCCGUGGCCAUUGCGGUGACUAACACCCUGGGAAAUCUGGCAAGCGUCUACACGCCAUAUCUCUGGCCGGAUAGCGACGCUCCACGAUUUGUCACAGCAAUGGUGGCAAGCAUCGGUUUCUCAGCCGGUGUGGUCAUCUUGGCCUGGGUGAUGAGGGUGAUUUUGGUGAAAGAAAAUGCCCGCAUCAAGGCCAGUGACGAUGAAGCCAUCAAUUUCUACGCCUUCUGA